GUGACUUUGUGUUUAUUCUGUCCUCUCUCAUAUACUGCACGUCUUUUCGGUAAAAUCGUUUUAGAAAGUCGAAUCAGUCCGACAUGCAGCCUGCGUGCGGUUUAUGGGAGAAUCACAGGUGAAGAACUGAGCGUGUGUUUUUUACUCAUACGAACUGGCGGAUGCAGGACACAAUGAGAGAUGCAGAGCAGGUGCUGACUCUGGUGUGGCUUCUCUGCUGGAUCCCACACAGCAUGUGUCAUUCUCCACCAGGGAGGCCCAGACUAACAAGAUGUCGCUCGCCUGAGAAAGAGACAUUCAGUUGCUGGUGGGAGCCUGGAUCAAGCGGUGGACUGCCAACCAGAUACCAGCUCUAUUACAGAAAAGAGAACUCCGUGGAAGUCUUUGAAUGCCCGGAUUACCACAAGGCUGGAAUCAAUUCCUGUCAUUUUGAGAAGCGCCACACUGCUAUUUGGAUCAUAUACAACAUUACUGUGGUGGCCUCUAAUGCACUGGGAAAAGCCUAUUCAGAACCUGUGGAGGUUGAUGUUAUGGAUAUCGUGCAGCCUCAUCCUCCAGAGAGCGUGAAUGUGAGUUUGAUGCAGAGCCAGAACAGUCAGUAUGUGCUGGUGCAGUGGCUGCCUCCACAUGACGUCGACACGCGCUCCGGAUGGGUAACCAUCAAAUAUGAAGUUCGCUCAAAGAUCCUGAACAGCAGAGAUGAGGAGGACAGCAGUUGGGAGUCAUAUAGUGCUGGAAAGCAGUUGGAGUUUAGCAUCUACAGUCCUCACCCGGGAGCAAACUAUGUGGUACACGUGCGCUGCAAACUGGACCAAGGCCACUGGAGCGACUGGAGCCCCCCGGCUUUCAUCCAGAUCCAUGACAAUAUGACUGUCUCGCAGAAUGCAGUUGUGAUCUUUGCUGUCACGCUAACGGUUGUCAUUUUCAUGCUGACGGCAGGAGUAAUGACAUUUAAGAAGAAACAGGUGAAGCAUUUUCUGCUGCCACCUGUUCCGGAACCAAAGAUCAGUGGCUUAAAUACUCAGCUCUUAAAGAGCGGGAGGUCUGAGGAGAUCUUCCGUGCUCUGAUUACACCAGGAUUAUAUCCGCAAAUAUCCCAGAGCGUGGACCAUCAAGUGGAGUAUCUGGUGGUCUCUGACUGUGAUGAAGAAAUGACUGUGGGCAAAGCUCAUUUUGAGAUCCAAAAAGCUGAAAUCUGUCUAAUAGACGCUACAGAAAGCAGCAAAGGGAACAGCAUUGUCCUUGGAGAGCCUCAAAAACCACUUCACCUUGACUGCAAUGUAAAAGCUCAUGACCGAAACACUGGAAUGAGUUCCCAAUGCAAAUGUGAGCACGUCGACAUCACGUCUGCUGGACCUACAGGGUAUGUUGAGGUCGACAGAGAGCAAGCAGAUCAGAAGCCCUUGGACUACAGUGUGGUCAGUGACGUUUUAAAUGACAAUAUGCUUGUACUACAAGACAGCAUCCCUGUACAGGAACACAAAGAGGACAAAUGUAAAAAAAUAACCUCUUGAAUUGAACUGGAGGUGUCGUCGAGCCUACUUGGAAACAUUUUCGAGUGGAUCUUUGAAAGCUUGAGAUUAUUUUGUCCAUUUUCCAGUGCUGGGUUGCAGCUGGAAGGGCAUCUGCUGUGUAAAACAUAUGCCAGAAUAGUUGCCGGUUCAUUCCACUGUGGCGACCCCUGAUAAAUAAGAGACUAAGCCGAAGGAAAAUGAAUGAAUGAAUUAUUUUGUCCAGAUUUAUUCUAUCGAGCACUUUAAGUAGAAAUGUAAAAAGGGUUUCAGCAACAUGGGGUGCGUUUCCCAUCAUAUGAUGCAACCUAAAGGGAUAGUUCACGCAAAAAUGAACAUUCUGACGUUAUUAACUCACUAUUUACUUUUGUCAAAGCUUUAUGAGUUUCUUUCUUCUGUUGCACACAAAAGAAGAUAUUUUGAAAAAUGCUGGAAACCUGUAACCAAUUGACUUCCAUAGGAUUUGUUUUUCCGUCUUAUUGCGCUGGGUGUAUGAUAGGGCCCUAAAUAAGAAAAGCUUCUCUUUUUUUGCAGUGUGGGUUAUUAUAACCCAAAAUAAGCACAUCAUUAAAUCUGGUCCAGUAAAUUUACCAAAAUUAACCCAGGAAAUGUUUUUGUUUAGAGUUUACCCAAAAUUAGGUUAAAUUAUUCAGCAUUAUUUAGAGAGUAGUGAUACUUGGGUAUUCACAAAUCGCACAUUUAUUCUUUUGUCAAACUUACGAUACAGGGAAUUGAAAACACAUUUAAUUGGAAUUACUUUUGUCGUGUAAAAUGUCAAUGAAUGCAUUCACGUAUUGAGUAAUGACAGACUUUAAGACCAUAGUUGAUGAGGUUUUUGGGAGACGCACCCCUGUUAUGUUCUAUCUACACAGCUACAGCUUGAACCAUUUCUGUGGGUCAUUCAUGCUCAAAAUCUACAAGAAGCUCCAGUAAUGCUUGAAAGGAGUUUGAAAGGCAACGUCUUUCCAAACCAUUACACAUCGACCUGCCGCAGUUAAAAAUUCCCCCUCUGGAAAUCACUCUAUUAAUUGUUAAUCCUCUGAAAAUGUCUCGUCAACCUGCUACCUCUAGAGUUUCCAACCUGGCACUUUUCUCAACGCUCACCGCUCCUGAUUUUUUCUUAUAGUUGACUGAUUAUUAAGUAUUGUUCAGAAACUCAUUUUGUUGUAUAUUUAUACACAAUCAAUGAUACUGUGAAUAUAAAACGUGUGAGAUUUCUCUGCUCAAGACAAUCAAUGAUUUAACUGUGUUUAUAUUGAACGUGAUCUUUUUUUUAAACAUCAAUCAAUCCAUUGGAUUUAUACGUUAUUCAAUGUUGAAGUGUGAAUCGAUAUUCACUUGUUUUAGUCUGAACAGACUCUAUCAACCAAAUUCAUCUGAUUUUUGAGCUUACAAAGUCUUACACUGCAAAAUAUGCAAGUUUUUGUCUUGUUUCUAGUCUAAAUAUCUACAAAUUCUCAAAUUAUGAAGCAUUUUCUAGACAAGGAAAAACAUAUGGUUUUUAUUGUUGUAUGGUAUUGUCAAAAUUAAGUGAGUUUGUCCUUAAAACAAGCAAAAUAAUCUGCCAAUGAGAUUAUAUAAAUAACAUUUAUUUUUCAUAUUGAAGUAAAACUAUGCUGCUUACACCAUUGGCAGAUUAUUUAGCUUGUUUUAACCUCUGUGCGCUGUUCAAAUUUACUACCCUUUUGCUGUGAUAGGAAUGAUAAC